CUUUAGAAAUUAAUGGUACCUCCGCGAAGGCACGGGAGAUCCGUGCCGGGAGUGACAAGGUGGACCUCCGUAGUGGGAGCAAGAGUAGAAUGUGCAAAUGGCGACUCCUCUCUCAUCGGACCAAUCGUUGCACGCGUCCGAGGGCCGAGUAACGUUGGCCACACCCAUUCGCGACGUCAACGUGUCCUGCGCGUAGAGGUACUCUCACCCACACUCGUCGGACCAGUCACCACUCGGACGACGUAUUCAGCUUACCACACACGUCUUCUUUUUCUUUUCCACCGGAUCCCCGGCUUGUGACGUACACGCACGCGAGAAAAAUCGCGAUAAAACAGAAGAUAGUUUUUCGUCGAUUUUUUCGCAACGAAUUUUGUUAAUUCUUGUUAUACUUUCGAUCGGGCGAAAUAAUUUUAAGUUCAUUGAUCGAAAGGAUUGUGAAUUGGGAACAGAUUCAUUUUUUGGCGGGAACAUUGCGAAAAAGUGAGCCGUGAGUGACAGUGUUGUCAGUGUUGUCAAAGACGCGAUAGACGUCUAAUUGAGCGAUUCGAUCAGUGAAUUUUUUGAUUUUUUAAUCGAAACGAUCGUUUUGUGGAAUAAUUGUGUGAUAAAAUAUAUAUAGUUCGUAGAAAGUGAUUGACUAACCUCUUAUAAACACUUUUCUUACAUUUUUAAAAAGAAUUCUCGCCGAUAUAAAGUUAAUUCGUUAAAACUCUAUUUCAUUAUUUUACACUUCGAUAUCUAUUAAAGUUUAUCAAUUCCAUCAUUCUCUAGCAUCUGUCUAGGGACAAACGUUACAAAACGACGUGUUCUUGAAAAACGCGUAUCAUAUCAAGGAUCAACGAAAAUAAUUACUAGUUAUUUUCAUUUAUUAAAGAGAAAAUAAUAUAAACGAGUGAAUAUUUAAAGUGAAAAAUUGAGAGUUUAGCUCACGUGGCGUGUAUUGAUAAUCGGUAUCACGUUUGCGAGAAGAUCGAGAAUAGCGAUUUCGGUAGUCGUUAGGCGGAGUCGUCUGGAAAGGUGGUCACGACGCAACAAACGGUGACGAGUUGUCCAGGAGGUGGCGAGGGCGGUGGCGGCGGUGGUGGUGGUGGAGGUGGUGGAAGCAACGAGAAGACGUUCCCGUAUGCAGCCACAACGGGCACGGUAGAGGAGGUGGAGGCGCAGGAGGUGGAGGUAGAGGUCGACGAGGUUAAGAUGGAAGCCGAGGAGCAUCUCGCGAGGGAAUACGUACAGGAGUUUGUUCUCGAUCAUCUCGAUCCCGCCGACGUCAAACGGGAGGUACGAAUCAGCUCCCCAAUGAUGGUGAACGGUAGCGUGGUACAAUUACCUGGCCAGGUACAAACUCAAGGCCUAGCUCUGGCGCCUUUGACGCCGCCGGCGCACGAGCUCGAGCAACCCCAUCCUUUAUACGGGCAACCGCAUAUCCAAGUGCAGCACGGUGUCCUGGUGAAGGCACCUCCGGGUGCAGCGUCUCAUCUGACAACCCUUUCGCAUCCUGGAACACCACCGGAUACGCCUCCGGUUUCGGCGUCCCCGCCGCCAUUGCAAUUGCAUAGGAGCGAGCAGGAUUCGCGCGAGAGAGGAUUGUUCUUGCAACUGCAACAACCUGGCUCGAUCGUACAAGAUGAGAUGCAACCCGGCACAGGUGGCAUGGGAUGGUUGACGCAAUCUCUUAGGCAGGAACCGCUCGAUCUCAGACCUCAUUGUCCUCAGGAACCGCCGGAACCGCAUCACGAAGCUUGGCCGAGUCAUCAUCAUUUCCAAGAUCUGCAACGUUUGCAACGUUAUCCCAGACAUACUGGUGGAUACAUCACGAUGUCAGGCCACAUAGAAUACUGUGGAGGUGCUGGAUCAGGCGGCGGGAUGCUUCCCGCGGGCGGAAGUGGAAUUUCAGGAAUGGAAGACAGUAUGCAAGGAAUACAGAUGCAAAGACCGAUGAGCGUUUGUUCAGUGAGUUCUUGUGGCGCUAGUGGACCGAGUCCAGCCCACAGGACAGGGAAUGGUCUUUAUCCAAAUUGCGGGAAUAAUAAUCCUCAGGAAGAACUCAUGAACGACGAGCUGCUCAUGUCGCUUUCCGUGCGUGAAUUGAACAAACGCCUCCAUGGUUGCCCGCGGGAAGAGGUCGUACGCCUGAAGCAGAAGCGACGUACGUUGAAGAACCGUGGGUACGCUCAAAACUGUCGUAGCAAGCGACUUCAACAACGGCACGACCUUGAGACAACAAACCGUAACCUGCAGAACGAACUUCAACGGGUAAAAAUCGAAUUGGCACGGGUCCAGCAAGAACGCGAUCUUUAUAAGCAACGAUGCGAGAUCCUGAGAACACGGCAGAGCCACAAUCAUAAUCACAAUCACAAUCAUCAUCAGCAACAGGCAUCCCAGCAACAA